AUUACAUGUAUGUUAACGUAUGGAAUACGAGAGAAGCAUUGGGUGUAGAAGAAAAAAGGAAAUAAGGUAGAAAGAUAACGAUGGCAGCGACGAUGGUCGAGACGCCCCCCCCUCAGCUCAUAACAAACAUCGAGUGGGGGAUGAUGGAUAAGAGUAAAUUCUAUCCUCUGUACACGUUGAGCAGUUUCACGGUUCGAUGCGCGCUCUAUCCGUUAACGUUAAUAAAAACUCAGAUACAAGUUCAGAGGAAGAAGGAAGCUUACAAAGGCGUUUCAGACGCGAUCACGAAGAUCUACGCGAGCGAAGGCGUGUCCGGUCUGUACCGCGGAUUUUGGUUGUCUAGUUUUCAGAUAAUCUCUGGAGUGUUCUAUAUAUCAACGUACGAAGGUGUCAGGCACGAACUUGGCAGAUACGAAAUAAGUCCUAGAUUGAAGUCGUUCAUCGGCGGCGGCUGCGCGUCCAUCGUCGGUCAAACCGUAAUAGUUCCGUUCGACGUGCUCAGCCAGCACCUCAUGGUGCUGGGUUUGGCUAAGGGUACAGGCGUUAAGAACGCGAAGAUCAACCCGCUGGGCCUGGACCUGACGCUGCGGCUGUCGAAGGCGGCGCUGGCGCGGCAGGUGGCGGUGCGCGUGUACCGCCUGCACGGGCCGCUCGGCUACUACCGCGGGUACGCCGCCUCGCUGGCCGCCUACGUGCCCAACUCCGCGCUCUGGUGGGCGCUCUACACCGCUUACCAGGAUGAACUCUUCAAGAUCAGCCCGUCGUGGGUGUCACAUCUGUUGAUACAGUGCGUGGCGGGCACGCUCGGAGGCUUUACGACGACGAUUCUCACCAAUCCCCUCGAUAUUGUGCGGGCGAGACUACAGGUUGAAGGAGUCGGUACAAUGAAAGACGUGUUCAAAGAGUUAUGGCGGGAAGAAGGUCUAAUAGGUCUUUAUGCGAAGGGCUUGUCAGCGAGGCUGGUUCAGUCUGCCUGCUUCUCCUUCUCUAUAAUACUGGGCUACGAGAGUAUAAAGCGGGUCUCCCUUAGUGACGAGUACAGGACCAGAGUCCGCUGGUGAUUAAAUAGAAUUUGACGUUUAA